AUGCAUGGUAGAAGAUCCUUGCAUCCAAGGCUAGAAAAUACUUUCAUUAUUUCAUUCAAAAUUUAAAAUCUUAAAAAAAAAAAAAAUUUGAUAGAUCUUGAAAGAAGUACAAGUCAAACUGAGAGCAAUCUUAUGACCAUGAAAAAUCAUUAUAUUCCAUAUUUAUUUCAAAGAACAUCUAAUAUUAUCCUUAAAAAUGAAUAAAUUACAAACACAUGUUCUUAAUCGUCCUACAGCAUAAAUUAAUAAUGAAUACUUCAUCCCCCAACUUAAAAAUGACAUUGUCCUCAAUGACAUAGAAAAAUCGAACAUAAUAUGUAGAAAAUAUAAUUUUCACGUGAAGCAUGCAUAUGUGCAAAGUUAAGUAUUAAAAAUAAUUUCAUAAAUGAUAAAGCUCAAAAAGACAUCACCUCAACCUCGUUUUUAAUUUUCUACUUCAUCUUACACUCCUUUUCCUGCACUUUUUUGAAAAAAAAACAAAUACAGAAACAAGUAUUGCGAAAUUCUAAGAAAAAUAGAACUUAAAAAAAUCAAACAAAAUGAAAUAAAAACCAUGGGUUGCCUCCCAUGUAGCACUGAAUUUAAUAUCUUCAGCUGGACAUCUCUUAGAUCAUAUAAGAUGAUCUAUGGCCAUCAAAAUAUAUUUUUAUCCCAAGGUAAGUUUCAUGAUAUGCUUUUUCAGAUUUAACAUAAAUUCAUAUACUUCAUAUAUAUACCUUGACAUACUUUCAACCAAAACAAAAUAGAAAUUAACAAAAUUUUCUCAAAAAUAAUAUUUUCAUUUUGAAAAGAAUCUUUCCUUAUUUCUAUCUUAUUUUUUAAGCCUCUCAAUCAUUAAUAAAUACUUUCUAUUAAUAGAUCAUAAAAUGUGAUCAGGCCAUAUAAUUUUCAAAUUAGCUCUUGCCCAAUCUAAAAUUUUUCAUCUAAAUUGAUCUCUAAUUCUUCCACUCACCCAUUUAUUAAUGUGUUCUUUUAUCUACAUAAUCUUCGCCUGCUCUAUUUUAUCUUUCAUAUAUAUUUGUUCAAUUUGCAAGGAAUGAAAUAUUUCAAGCUUAAAAAUAAUUCUAAUUGGCUGUGGGUUUUGAAGGAUGGAAGGAUUGUCUUCUUUAAUCUCAGAUCUAAUGAAUUCAGUAAAAUUCAAAUUUUCUCCUCCAAAAUUAUCUCUAUACUCAUAUUCAUUAUUUUCGUUUCUCUCCAUUAGUUGAAUCAACUCUUUUUCUAGUUUUUCGUUUCUCAACUCAUCAAAUUCUUUAUCUUCCCAAGAGCUAUCUUUUAAUUUCGGUAUAUGAUAUACAUCGUCAUCCUCACUAUCAACAUCCAUGGCUACAAAAUUAUGAUUAGAUUUAUUAAUUUUGUCUCCUACAUCUCCCAAAUCAACUAUUUUUUUCUCACUUGAAAUAUAUUUUUUUUCAUUUCUGUCCUUAUUCCCUUCUACUAAAAUUUGGAUGAUUCUUCUAUGAUUAGCUACUAUUUCUUUAUUUAAGGACUCUUUCUCCUCAGCAUCCUCACUAUAUUCAUUCAUCAAUUGUGAGUAAUAAAUAAUUUUAUUCAAAAUUUCUACUACUAUAUUUUUGGCCUUAAUAUUCUCAUUUACUUCUAAUGGAUCAUCGAUUUCUUUUAAUAGUUGGAAAUAAGGAUCAAGUAAAAUAUUCUCACUCAGUGUAUUCACUGUCUUAACAUUUUCAUUUUGUGGGUUUUUUUCUUAGAUUCAUACUACUAGACUCCCUUUGCUAAAAUCCUAUUAUUAGACAAUUCCUUGAAUUUUCUACAGGCUAACUAGGUAGCUGUCCCUCUUCUCUCUUAUUCCCAAGAGCCUCCAUAAUUUGUUUUUGGUGCAACAUCAUUUAAUUCAUAGUUUGUUACAUCAUUUGGCUCAUUUGUUGCAUCAUUUCCAUAGUAUCAAGUUGGGUUUGAAAGGGCUGAUUUUUCUGAAAACUAUUUUCUUAUUUUGACGAAAUUCAAAAUUUGAAUUGGAUCUAAGUGCUUCUGGAUUUUGAAUAUUAUUUGGGUUUCUCCACAGGAUUAUAAGAAUUAGAAAAAUAUUCCCUAUUUUUACUAAAAUUGUGGGGUACCUACACUUGUUCUUGCCUAAGAUGAUAUUGAAAUUCGAAAUGAUCAUUUUCACCAUACAUAAGACGUGUACUAUUUGAAUUAAAUUGAGGGUUAAGAGGCUUUCUAAUAUUGUCAAUAAGUAAAUCAAGUUUUUCUAAUCUUUGAUUAAUCUGAUUAACCUCAUUUCUAAAUUUAAAAUCAUCAUCAUAAUGUAAUUUAUAAAUUCUUCUCUUCUUAUCCCUAUCAUAUAAUUCAAAAGAAGCUUGAUCUCUAGAAUUUUUAUUUAAAUUCUCAUAAAAACUAUAAAUCUCAUCAGGGGUUUUCUCUAUAAAAGCUCUUCCACAUAUAGAAUCAACCAUGUUUCUAUUUUAUUCUAAUAAUCCAUCAUAAAAAAUUCUAUUGAGCUGCCACUUGGGUAUAGCAUGAUGAGGACACUUUCUAAGUAAAUCUUUGAAUUUUUUCUAUGUCUCAUGCAAAGUUUCUUCUAAUCUUUGAGAAAAAUUUCAUAUAUAUUUUCUCAUAUUUUGGGUUUUUCCUAAGGGAUAAAAUUUUUGAAGAAAGGCCUAUUCUAUGUCUUUUCAGCUAGUUAAUUCUCUAUCUAAUGUGGAUAGCUAAUGACUAGCUUUGUCCCUAAGUGCAUGAGGAAAUAAUUUCAUCUUAAUAAUUUCUGGUAUAAUUUGAGAGAGAUUAACUAAAUCACAAAUCAUAUGAAAUUUUUCUAAGUGUUGAUGAGGUUCCUCUAAAGGCAAUCCAUGAAAAUUAGGGAGCAUUUGAAAAAUUCUUAGAUUUAUUUUGAAUUUAAUAGUGAGUGUUAAUAGGACUCUAAUAUUAGAUGCUCUUUGAAAUGAAUACAAGAUAUAAUGAUUUUUCAUGGCCAUAGGAUUGCUCUCAGUUUGACCUAUACUUCUUUCAAGAUUCAUCAAAAUUGAUUUUUCUUUCGGAUUUUAAAUUUUGAAUGAAAUAAUGAAAGGAUUUUCUAGCCUUGGAUGCAAGGAUCUUUUACCAUACAUAAAAAUCAAUAAAUUCAAGAGAAAAGUUUAGUAAUUGUUACCCUCCUUCAAUAUGCUCUAGUCCUUACCUUGCUUCUCUUCAUUCUCCUUUUUUUUUAAAAAAAAUAAAGCAAGAGUUAAACUUUUUUGUGUACUCUAAGAGAAAAAUAGAAAAAUACUAAAUAUUAUGCAAUACAUCUCUAGCAAUGGCACUAAAAUUUGAUGUGACUUUGUCAUUGUAUAUUAAAUCACACAAAUUUAAAAUUUAUAAAACUAGAAAAUAUAAUUUUUUAGAUAUUUAGAAGUAUUUAUGAAUAAAUAUAUCAAUUAUAAUUUAAUAAAACAUCUAAAAAUAUUGGUAAUUUUCUAAGACAAUCAUAGAGAUGUAAUAUAAUAUUUGGUAAUUAUUUAGAAGUGUUCUCAAUGAAUAAGAUUUUUUAUAAAUAUUAUAUUAGGAAAUGAAAGAAAAUAUAUUUAAAAUUCACGAAAAAGGGAAAUAAGAGUGCAAACGUCAAGAUGACGUUAGCACUCGGUGAAUGCAAAUCAAGCAAAAAUAGAGUUCUGUCUAGUGAUUCUUAUGUAAGUGAUUACAGAUGAUUUAAUUAAUCAAAUUAAGAUCUAUAAAAGUUAAAAGAGUCGUAAUAGAAUAAAGUAUAUUUUAGUAAAUUAAAAUCACAAAAAUUAUCACUAAUUGAAGCGUGAAGUAAGUUGAAAGUAGGAAAAUAGAGUUCUAGCAUCGCAACGGCGAUGCAUCGGUGAUGCACCGAAAUCCUGAGCAUUUGAGAGGAUCGUCGUGUAGUGUCUGCAGCCUCAAAGGCUCUCCUUGGACAAAGACGACAUGGACAAUCUCUAGAUCUCCUUGUGAAGUCUAGAGAUUAAUGAAAUGGGUCAUCGAAUCAUCUCCAACAAUUGUCACCUGGUGGAGUGGAAAAACAAUGACUUUGCGGCUCUUCGGUGGCUAUCACCUGACGAAGAGGAGCUAGAUGGAGGUGGGGCACGUGUUAGGGAGCUUCAUCUUCAAGUCUGCGGAGCAAGAGGAGGCUCUUCAUCACAUCCAAUAUGCUCUCAGGAGGUGGCGACUCAUCUCCCAGCGGAUCGUCCUCUUCUUGAUGAUGGUUUGUUCAUCGAUCAAUCGAAGAUGAUUUACUCAAUGGAUUUGCAAUCCUUUUAUCGUGAAUCAUUUAGCAAUUUUAGUAGCAAUGCUCUGCGAAUUGCAUUGACGAGAUUUUUGCCGAUGAUCUAGCGAUUUUUGUUACUUCAUCCUUCACUAGCAAUCUGCAAGAAAGUCGAGAUUAUUAAAUAAAAAUAUAUGACUUUUGACUCUAGAGGGACUUGAACCCACGUCAGUUGCCCGCCUCUUCUAAAGAAGGUGUGACGUGGGUUUAGUCCCACAUUGGCUGUGUGCCGAUUUUUUGGGUGAAUAUAUACUAAUGUUACAUUUCUAAGCAAAGUCCCUUCUCUCACGUGUACGACCACUCCUUGCCCCACAGCCAGCUGGUCAUUGGUGACAUGGAAGGGGAGUGGCACACAAGUGUCCCCUAUUGGUCCAAGUCGCUCGAGCCUCUGCUCGUGGCUACUCUCCAAUUGAGCUUCCGACCUACUUGCGGGCCUAGUUGGGCGACGGGUCCCCCUUGUUUUGUCUUAUUUUUAUUUUUUAUUUUUUUUCUUCAUUUAUUACAAAAGUAAGAUUGUAAAAAUCAUAUAAAUUCAUGUAAAAUCACAUAAUUAUCCCAAAAUUCACAUAAUUAACUGAAAACCACUUUUCACACUUAAACACAAAUAUAAGUCUAUUUAUCAUGAGUUAAAGCUAAAACUAUAUUAUUUACUAAUUAUUAACUCAUGAUAAUGAAGACUUAUCACUACCAUAGUAAAUGCUACUGCCAUUCUUGGCUCCACCUUCACCUAUUGCCUAGGAGGGGAACUCACUACUACUAUAAAUGCAACUACCAUGCUACUGCCAUCCUCAGCUCUACCUCUACCUGUCAUGUAGGAGGUGAGCCCAACUCCAUCAUAGCCACUCCCUUGUCAAUGCACUACUGCCACCAUUUUCAUUUGUCAUGUGACGACGGGUUGAAUGUCCAAAAGACCUUCUGUCAAGUUCUACAAGUUUAUGACUGCAGAAAAGGGGAUACAAAAAUGGGAAAUAUUUCUCAAGGCUAUUCUUUAGAUAAUACAUUUUUAUAUGAGUUAAAUCGUGAAAUGCAAAUUUCUAAAAAAAUAAUAAGUUGGAUUUUUGACAAAAAAUUCAUGAAAUAUAUUCUAAAACCCAUUUGAUGUUUUUUAUUUAAUUUGAUUAACCAUUGUAAAAUUGAUAUCUCUUAACAUUUAGCCUUAAUUAUCACAUAAAAUUGAUUCAUUAAGAUGUUCCUUCUACAUAUUAUCAAUAAUGUUUCAGGUGUAUUCAGUUGUGCAUUCAAUGUGCAUUCCAUGGGUGACCUAUGAGAUGGAUGCUGUCUAGAGAGUCGAUGCUAUGUAAACUAGGGAUUAUUUAAAAAGGAAUGAAUGUGGGCAUCUGUGGGUGAUCAUCUGUAUGAAGUCCUGCAUCAAGGCUUCACCUUUUACAAGAGAAACUGAACCCUCCUUUAAAAGGAAUCAAGUUGCAAAAUUUUCUCUUCUCUCAAUUUCCCUUCAGAUUAUAAACCUUCUUUCACUUGAGUAAAAAAUCAUUAUUACAUUGGUCUCCUUUGCUGCCAUACAAAGAGAAGAAAUAUUUCUUUGAUACCCGAAACUUUUUCUUCCUAUACUAUGUUUGUAACUUCUAAAUUGAGAACAUUAUCAAUCCCUAAUUUUCUAAUGCAUAACUGCAUAACACAUGAUUGAGGACUUCUAAUAUCGACCAUUCCAAGAGUUCUACCUCGGUAAAAAAUCUUCCCUAAUUAAUUUCAUAUUAUCUUCAUUUCUCCAUUACUAUGACAUAAACAUGUGGAUCACAUUGCUUCUUGUACUUCAGCUAUUACUUUUGUAAUGUUGAAGAAAGUUUUUUGGCAUCUUCAUACAUUAUACAAUGCCUCCUUGCAUAAAACAAUCUCUCACUUGCAUUAAAGGAUCCUUCUUGAUCAUUUUACUUCCAAACUACUACAGAUUUUUGGCCCAAUAACUAUGAUUUAGCAUGUUUGGUUUAAGAUAUCACCGAAUGUAAAAAAAGCCCUUGAAAAAUAAAAAACACUAUCAUAACUAUGUCAAAUACCUAGUAUCUCACUCUUGUCAUUUCCCUAUCCUCAUCUAUUUACAUAUUAGGGAAAGUGGACAAUUUCUAAAACAUUGUGCAAAUAGAUGGAUUUUCCAAUUUUGUUAAAUGGUUAGAUUGUUUCAAAAGGUUUGAUUUAGUUUUUCAAGAAUCUGCUCAAGGAGCUUGCUGAAUAAUUUGAUAUUUCUUUUCCAGUACUGAUUGAGGAAGAUAAGUAGUAUGUGCAGGUUUCAUCAAGAAAAUCAAAAUUGGGAUAGGCUACUAUUUUGUCUAACCAAGAGGAACAGGACUUAAUAUGUUGGAAGUGAAUACUAUCUAGCACUUUUCUAUGUUGCAUUUUCUAUGUAAGGGAAAAGGAUGAAGGAGGCAACUCUCAAAAGUGGAUAAAGUGUGAUAGGUGGUGGAGUUGGAUGUUGUGGAAUGAACAAGAAGGGGAGGUGGUAGCAAGUGAUGAUAGAUCUUCCUUCCCAUGUAUUAUGUUUCCACAGUUUCUUUUCCUUUGUAAUUUAGCUUCUUCCUCAUGUUAUCUGAAAUUACUUUAAGUGUUAUCUGAUGUGAUUGUUAAUGUUUGAUUUUUGGUUCUUAACUUAUUUUAUUUAAAUAAUAUAUUAUUUUAAUUCAUAGAAGAAAAUAUAGUUUUAUAUAUUUAAUUUAUAAGGUUAGAAGUUAAAAGAGUUAAUAUAUUUUUUAAGAAAAGAAAAGAAAAAAUAUUUAAUAUAUUUUAUUUAUUUAUUUUUAUUUUAUUUCAUUUCAUGAUAACAUGAUGUAGGCAACCAUCCCUAUGGCCCAUGGCUUGUGCCUAGAUUGGAGACUUGUAGAAAUUUUAUGAAGUGUUAUAAUAUAUAUGUGAUGUGCACUUGUUGUUGUAUUUAAAUCCACAUUAUCUAAUAAUAUUUAUAACUAAGACUUAAUAAAAUAUUAAUAUAGAAGUAAGUCUCAGGUUGAACAUAAGAAGAUUGAUUAAUAUGUUGUGAAAACUAAUUUAGUAAUAUAUAAAGUGAUUUUAAUAUUUUAUUAAUAUUUAAUAGAAAUAAUAAAAUAGAAUAGUGAGGUGAGAAGAAUAAAGGAAGAAAAGUGGAGAAAAGGAAGGAAGAAAAGAGAGAUGAGAAAGAGAAAAGAGAGAUGAGAAAAUCUCAUGUGAGAUGAAGAGAGAGAAAGAUCUCACAAGAGAGAGAGGAGAGAGAGAAGAGAGAAGGAAAUCUCAUGUGAGACAAAGCGAGAGAAUGGUCUCAUAAGAGAGAGAGGGAGAGAGAAGGAGAGAGAGGGAAAUCAAUCAUUGAAAAAAAAGAGAAGAAGAGCGAUCAAACGAGAGGGUGAGAUCUCACAAGAAAUGAAGAAAGAAGAAGUAGUCUCACGAGAGAAGGAUAGAGAGAAAUAAGACAAUAAUAAGGAAAGAGAAAAGUAUGAUCAACCUGUUUUCAUGGUGACCAUUAUUUUUGGAUGAGUGUCUAUUCGAGAAGUCACACACAUGACAUGAGGUCAGUCAUGAAUAUCUCUAUAUUAUUUUAAUAGUUCAAUGAUUAUUAAGUAAUUUUUAAUUUUACUAAUUACACAUUCAAAAAUAGAAGAAUAAUUAUUAUUCGUGGAAUGUAGGGAGUAUAAAUACGUCAAGAUUCAACUGCAAAAAUUAAUAGAAAAUAAGUUGAAAAUGAUCUUAAUUUAAUCUCAAAUAAGUUUCGGAUGAUUCAAAAGAAGAACAAAGAUCAUUUAUCAAGUUCUGAAUUAGUUAUAUUCAUUUCAAUCGAAAUAUGUAUGAAACAGAAUAACUUAUGGUAAAAUAUAAAUAAAUGACAAAAGCAAGUAGGUAAAUAUUGAAAGUAAAAAAUAAAUUGUUGUCCAAAUUUAGUCUGUCUCUUGGACAAUGAUAACUUGAUAUUUGUGUUGAUUAUUCCUUACAUUUCAUCUGGUUUUUGUUCAUUUAAAUCCUGAAAAUAUCAUGUUAUUAAUAGAAUGAUUUAAAUAUUUUUGGAUUUGCAUUAAUUUCACUAUUUGCACACUAUGCAUGAAUUUUGCAUGAUUUUUGACUAACCCUACUUGACUUCUAUGAAGUCAAGCAGUUUUAUUACUGAUAAAUAUUUUCAAGUUUUCAUGCAUGCAGAAUUUAACAGAAAUCAACAAUAAAUUAAGAGCAUUUUAGUGGACGAAAGUUAGCUUAAUGGGCUAGUAGUACUUUGGAGGAAUUUCGGAUUUGGAUCUUCAAAGAGAAAUUAGAGGAGGUUCGGGGGCCAUGUCCAGGCCCAUUUAGACCCGCCUAAGUCCGUAGAGGAAGCGAUGUAGAAAUUUAUGGAGAGAGACUAGGGAAUUAUGAAGGGGCAUUUUAGUCAUACUUACCCUUGUAUAAAGACUCUCUUCCUCCCUCUUUCCCAUCCCAUUCUGGACGUGCUCUAGCAACGGCUAGCUAGUAGGACAAGACAUUCUCCAGGAUUUGAGGUAUCCACCUUGAUAGAUGUAAGUCGUUUUGACGCGUUCACUCUUGUUCUUCUCCUUCUUGCAGUGAAAAACGCCUGAUCCUAGCGGAAUAUAAGGAUCCAAGAAGAGGAAGGAGUCUUGAGGGCUCAAAGGACGAACAUCAGCACCCAUUUUCUGCUGUUUCCCAUCGCUCUGUCUUCCGUUCCGCCCCCUUCAGCUGCUCCACGUUUCCCUCUGUUUUCGCCCAUCGUUCCUGCUCUCUCCGCCUUCUCCCGCAGCCUCCGUCACUUCCCGCCGUCUUCCGUCGCUCGGUCUGCCGCCGCUUUUCGCCAGCCGACGUGCGCUCGCUGCCGGUCGCUGCGUGCCCGUCGCUUCUCGUCUCUCUCGUUCGCCGACCACCGCCGCUCCCUAUCGCCAGAAGCCGCGUGUCAGCUGAGCAUCGCCGCGUGCCCAUCGCCAGCCGCCGCACGUCCGCCGACCACUGCUGCCGCCUUUUGCCAGCCGCCGUGCAGUCGCUGCCGUUCGCUCUCUCUCUCUCUCUCUCUCUCUCUACCCUUCCGGACGUAAUCGAAAGUCCUAAAUUUCGGUUAGGUCGGGAAACUGUCACGAGAGAUCUGCGACCCGUGCAGCCCAUCCUCUGAGCCGACCGUCAACCGCCAAGGUAAGUUAUUUUAGUAUUAUUUAUUGUUGUUCUUUUGCAUUAAAAAAACUAAAAUAAAAUAAAAAAUAAAAAAUAAAAAAUCAAUUAAAAUCAAUUAACAAAUUAAAAUUAGAAACAAAUACAAAAAAAUAAAAUUCUAAUCAUUAGCUAUAUUUUAUGCACAGGUUAAUUCCAGAAAAUUCUAUUAAGCUCUCUAAAAUCGUGAAAUACUUCCAAAGAGUGAAUUCCUAACUUCUAAAUUUAUUUCUACCAUUUCUAAGACUUAAAAAAAAUCUGAAAUUGAACUCUUGUCUCCCUGUGGAUUGACCCCUUACUCGCAUUAUGUAUGAUAUAGAGUAACUAAGUGGAAAAUUUAUUAUUGGUUAAGCUUGAAUUAAAAGAGCUACGCAAAAACCCUUAAAUUUGGACUUAUCAAUUGGCACCAUUGCUGGGGACGCAAGGUAAAUUUAGUUUCUGAAUUUUUUUUGAGUUUGAAAAUUUUUAUUGUCUUUCAGAUUUUUCUAUUUUAGAGUUAACUAGUUAAGUGCAGGGAAUUUUCUCAAAGGAGAAGAGUGAGAGGGCAACCUUUGGUGACCUCUAACCUUUUCUUUUAAGACAUCUUUUGCAUUAUUUUCUGGUCUUGACUUUGUAUGCAGGGUAGAAGGUCGCAAUGACCCCCUCUAAUGAGCCUAGAAACAGUGGAAAAAUCUCAACAUUUUGAGGAGAUGGGUGAAAUGCUUAACAAUCAAAAUAGAAUAAUGAGGCUAAGGGAAUUUUACGAACCAGCUGAUAGUAAAAUUCAGCCUCAGAUUUAUGGGAACAUUGAGGCAAAUAUGAAUUUCAAACUUGAUUCUACUGUUUAUAAUAUGUUGCCUUCUUUUUUAUGGGAAAUUGAAUGAGGAUACCCAUGCUUAUUUAUAUGAUUUUGUGGAAAAAUGUGAUUCGCAUAAUAUUGCAGGAGUUAAUGCAGAUGUGCUGAAAAUGAGAAUAUUUUCUCAUACAUUGUCGGAUAAAGUGAAAGAUUGGUUCAGAACCAUGGGUAAAAAUUUUCAAUAUUGGAAUGAAAUGGAAAAUUAAUUUUUACAAAAGUUUUAUUCAGUUGGAAGAACUAAUGCUUAUUGAAAAGCCAUUAGGGAUUUUACCCAAGGAGUUGACUCUUUUAGUGAUGCAUGAGAUAGAAUGAAAGAUCUUAUUAGAAAGUACCCAAGAUCUUAUAUAUCAAUUAUAAUUUAAUAAAACUUCCAAAAAUAGCAGUAAUUUUCCAAGUCAAUCACAAAGAUGUAAUAUAAUAUCUGGUAAUUAUUCAGAAUUUUUCUCAAAGAAUACGAUUUUCUAUACAUUUUAUAUUAAAAAAUAAAAAAGAAAUAUAUUUAAAAUUCACAAAAAAAGGAAAUAAGAGUGCGGACAUCGGGAUGACAUCAGCACCCGGCGGACGUGAAGCGGGUGGAAAUAGAGUUCCACCUGGUGAUUAUUGCGUAAGCAAUUACAGACGAUUUAAUUAAUCAAAUUAAGAUCUGUAAAAGCCGAAAGAAUCGUAAUUGAACAAAGUAUAUUUUGAUAACUUAAAAACACAAAAAUUAUCACUAAAUGAAGUGUAAAGUAAAUUGAAAACAGGAAAACAGAGUUCUGACAUCGCGACAGCAAUACGUCGGCAAUGUAUCGGAAUCCUGAACAUUCGAGAGGAUCGUUGUGUAGUGUCUACAGCCUCGAAGGCUCUCCUUGGACAAAGACGACGUGGGUAAUCUCUAGAUCUUCUCGCGAAGUCUAGAGAUCAAUGAAGUGGGUCGUCAUCUCCAGUGGCUGUCACCCGACGGAGCAGAAAAAUGGUGACUUUACGGCUCUCCGGCAGCUAUCACUCGACGGAGAGGAGUUGGAUGGAGGUGGGGCGCGUGUUAGGGAGCUUCAUCCUCAGGUCCGCGCAGCAAGAGGAGGCUCUUCAUCGCAUCUGGUACGCUCUCAAGAGGUGGCGACUCGUCUCCUGGCAGAUCAUCCUCUUCCUGACGAUGGCUUGUUCGUCGAUCAAUUGGAGAUAACUUACUUGAUGGAUUGCAAUCCCUUUAUCGCGAAUUGUUCAACAAUUUUAGUAGCAAUACUCCGCGAAUCGCAUUGACGAGAUUUUCGCCAAUGAUCCAGCGAUUCUCGUUACUUAAUCCUUCACCAACAAUCUACAAGAAAGUCACGAUAAUCAGAUAAAAAUAUAUGAAUUUUGACUCUGGGAAGAUUCGAACCCUCGUCAGUCACCCACCUCUGAGGAAGGUGUGACGCGGGUUUAGUCCCACAUCGGUUGUGUGCUGAUUUUUCGGAUGAAUAUAUAGUAAUGUUAGCUUUAUAAGCAAAGUCACUACUCUCGCAUGUACAACCACUCCUUGCCCCACAACUGGUUGGCCACCGGUGACGUGGAAGGGGAGUGGCGCACACGUGCCCCUAUUGGUCCAAGCCAAGCCGCUCGAGCCCCUGCUUGCAGCUACUCCCUGAUUGCGCUUCCGACCCGCUUGCGGGCCUGGCUGGCCGGCUGGUCCCCUCAUUUUGCAAUAUUUUUAUUUUUUAUUCUUCAUUUAUCUCAAAAGUAAGACUAUAAAAAUCGUAUAAAAUUGCAUAAUUACCUAAAAAUUCAUGUUAAUCAACUGAAAAUCACAAAUCAUACUUUAACACAAAUAUCAGUCUAUUUAUCAUGAGUUAAGGCUAAAACUAUAUUAUUUACUAAUUAUUAACUCAUGAUAAUGAAGACUUAUUAUGAAGCCACUAACAUUAUUGAGAAAUUGGUAGAUAGUUGUGCUUAUCAUCAAGAAUUGAGUCAAAAUGGAUGGAUUUCAGCACCAAAAUGUGGAGGUCUCCUUAAAGUUAGUACUAUAGAACCAGAUAUAUGGAGAGAUAAAGUGGAGGGGGACAUUGGCAAGGUGGGCCAAGCUAUGGAGGAGCUUACCAAGCAGAUGAAGAAUAUGAUGAAUCCUUCUUCUAACUUUACCUCAUUCUCUCCAAUCUCUAAGCCAUCUUUUCUUUGUUCCAUUUGUGAGAGUUAUGAUCAUACUAAUGACAUUUGCCCUACUCUUGAACAAGUUAAUGCAUUUGAGAGAAACACUCAAAUGCAAGGAGUUUGGAAUCAAAGAGGAGGUUAUGGCAAUCAAGGAUGGAAUAAAGAGGGAAACAACAACUACCAGCCACGUCCAUAUCAUCAACAAAAUUAUCAGAAUUUUCAGAACUUUGCUCCUAACCCUUGCUCAAAUUUUACUUCUAGUUUUCAGGAUGCAUCUUCUAACUCUAUGAUAGAUCUUUUGAAAUAGGUAAUGAUGAAGUAGGAUGAAGUGCUAGAGUAGAACAAGAUGAUAUAGAUCAGAAUUGAGCAACUAGAGAGGCAAAACCAUGGGCAUGAAGGGCAAAGUUUCCAAGGGAACUUCAAAGGAGAAAAGAACAAAGGUAAAAUGGAUCAUGUGGGUUAAAAUACCCAAAAUUCAGGUCAACUCCCAACCCAGCCUUGUGUUAAUCCUAGAAAUGUUUCCUAUAUUGAUCAUGCUAAUGAUUAUUCACAUCAUGUUGAUUUAAAUGAAAAUAUUUUUUGUGAAGAAGAACAUCAUGAGCAUGAAUUUGUGAGUGGAAUUUCGAGAUUUAGGAAUGGGAAGGAAUUACCUGAUCCAUUUGAACCUAGAUCUUUUGAAGAGCUUAAUGAUGUGAAAAAUGAGGAAGUUGAUGAUGUUUUGAUGAAAAUUCUUGAUGAACAUAUAGAAAAAUCAGCCAUACCUGAACCUGAUCCAAAAGUUUAUGUGCCUCCUAUUCCAUUUCCCCAAGCUUUAAAGUCUUCCAAAGUCCCUCCUAAUGAUAGUCAAUUGCUUAAAAUUUUUAAGUAACUAUCACUUUCCCUUUGGUAGAUGCUAUUCAGAAUAUCCCUUCUUAUUCUAAGUUUCUUAAAAAUCUUUGUACUCAGUCGAUAAAGCAGAAGAUGAUACAAUUAUCUAAAAGUAUUAGUUCCAUUUUAUUGAAUCAGCUUCUUAGGAAGAGAAGGAAUCCAGGAGCCCCACUUAUUAAAUGUGUAAUUGGGGGAAUGAUUUUUGGUAGAACACUUUUGGACACACUGGAGAGUGUGAAUAUUAUACCUAAAGCUAUUUUUGAUAAAUUUAAAUUUGGUGAAGUAGAGCCUAUCUUUAUUGAGCUACAACUAGCAGAUGGAUCAAUUAGACAACCAAUUAGGAAGCUAGAGGAUGUGAUUGUGAGAGUGGAAAAUUAUUGUUUUCCUGUUGACUUUAUUGUUGCUGAUAUGAAGGUUAUUGAGAAUUUGAGCCAUGCGCCCAUAAUUCUAGGUAGACCUUUCUCAGCUACAUCUCAAGUUAGUACAGAUUUUGGAAAAGGAAUUGUCAAAAUUAAAGUAGGAAAGAAAAGGUGAACGUUCAGGUAUCUAAACUCCUUAACUUUCCAGAAAAUUUAGGGGAGGACAUGUGUUUUUGUGAUGUAAUUGAGGAUGAGAUUCUUGAACAACCUUCUUCUCUUUUAUAUUCAGAAGUUCCUUGUGAUGAUGAUCUUGAAGUUGAGGAUGAAACUGUAAAUAUUCCACUUGAUUUACCUACAUCUAAAUUAUAAUUAAAACCAUUGCCUAGCUCACUUAAAUAUGUAUGUCAUGGGCCUUGUAGAACUUAUCUAGUUAUUAUCUCAUCCCGUUUAUCUUGUGAUCAAGAAUUAUCAUUGUUGGAAAUUCUUAAAAUGCAUAAAUCUGCUAUUGGUUGGUCUAUUGAUGAUAUUCAUGGCAUUAGUAAGGACAUGUGAACAUAAAUUUUUUGUUGAUGAGAAUGUCAAGUCAUCUAGAGAAUUUCUAAGGCGCCUAAGCCCCACAUGUUUGAAGUGGUCAAGAAUGAAAUUAUGAAAUGGUUGAAAGUUGGUUUUAUAUAUGCAAUCUCUAAUAGUCCUUGGGUGAGCCCUAUUCAUGUUGUCCCAAAAACAUCUGGUAUUACUGUGCAGAAAAAUAAACAAGGUGAGGAACUUCAAACUAGAUUAACAAUAGGAUGGAGAGUUUGCAUUGAUUAUAAGAAGUUAAACUUAGCCACUAAGAAAGAUCACUACCCUCUACCUUUCAUUAAUCAGAUUCUAGAAAAGCUUGCAAGACAAGAAUAUUUUUGUUUUCUUGAUGGAUAUUUUGGUUAUAAUCAAAUAGCUAUACAUGAAGAUGAUCAAGAGAAAAUUACUUUCGCAUGUCUUAUUAGAACUUUUGCUUUUAGAAGGAUGCCUUUUGGUUUAUGUAAUGCACCAGCUACUUUUCAAAGAUACAUGACUACCAUGUUUUCUAACUUAGUAAAUGAUUGUCUAGAGAUUUUUAUGGACGAUUUUUCUAUAUUUGGAUCAUCUUUUAAUGAUUGUUUAUCUAACUUGUCCAAGGUGUUGAAAAUAUGUGUGGAGAACAAGUUGGUCCUAAGUUGGGAGAAGUCUUAUUCCAUGGUGCAAGAAGUGAUAGUUGAUAAGUCUUCAUUAUCAUGAGUUAAUAAUUAGUAAAUAAUAUAGUUUUAGUCUUAA